AUGUUCAAGCAUUCUCACAUACGGCGUAUGCUUGGCCUCGGCGGCCCCUCGUCGCCUCCAGAGUUUGCUAAGCUCAAUAGGCGUGCGAUUGCCGAUAGUGUCACUGGGUCUGGCGUCGAGGGACGAGAAUGCUUCGCUCACCUUCUUCUGUUGGAGAAGUUCGCCUUUGUCAAGCAGAGAGUCACACAUUGGGCCAGGAGCUAUGAUAUCACCCCCGAAUCAGCAUGGACCUGCUACAUCAACUUGGCUGUGUCGAGGUUCUACACAUGGUUCGACAGAAUUAACCGUUCAGAUCCUUGGCGUCGAGUGCCUCCUCUAGAUGUCCUGAUGAUAUGGCACGCUCUCAUGCAGGAGCCAACAAAGUGGGAUGAGUUCGUGGAAAUCUCAGAAUGUCCAGUUUCCGGAUGGGACUGGAACAAUCUCCAUAACACACAAGCUGACUUGUCACUGGAACAGCUUCCGAUCCUCAUGCACUCGGAGGGUGCAAAUUUCGACCUCCCAAGGGACAGUCAUGACUGGGCAGCGGUGCUAUAUCCGACACCCAACACCGACCUGACGAAGAUCAUGGAUAUGAGCAUCCCCUUCAUGCAGUCAAGGAGCCCCGACGAAUCAACAGAGAUCCUGGCAUCUCAGUUCAUCCACAAGCCGGCCACCAUGAAAGUCAGCGCCCCUUCAGGCUGCUCAUUUUACUUAUCGGUGGACAUUCAUUCGCUUGUCGAGCGCCAGUCGGAAUUCGCAGCUCACAUGCUUCGGUACGCCUGGCACCGCAUGCCAACAGAUGCAGGUCCUAACAUGCCCCAGAUGGCCCAGCCGAUUAAGCGCUAUGCUCGGUUCAUUGCCCUCGUACGGCAUGGGGCGGACAUAUCCAGUCUCGAGGCCUUCUCAGACGGCCUAAAGGCCCGCCUGGUGCCAACACCUGACAUUGAGCUAGUCUGGAGGACGCACAGGCUCUCGCGGGCCAGGUACCGCAGGUACUGUAACAACGAGGGCGAUUGGGUUCACAAUCUGGGUGCCAUCAAUGCACAGCAUGUGCCAGAUGGCGACGACCUGCAGGCGUCAUCUCAAGUAUACGAGCACAUAUUCAGAGAAGAGUAUGCAAGGUGCCACUGCUGGUACUGCAUGGCGGAACAUGAGUCGCCACAUUUCCUCUGCAACGUGGAGCAGACCUUAGGAGAGGAGUUAUCGGCCGAGACCAGACGCCGUCACAGCCUGCGUCUCGACAUACCCCUCGACCUUGCCCGCCUCCAAUGCCGCAGGUGUGGCCUGCACCCGGCCAGAGUCUGCAGGGCCAGGGAUGUCUUCGAGAAAUCCAGCACUAGACAGGAGGAAACCACAUCACCGGGCGCUUCUGCCGCCUCGAGCACCACAGCGACCCAGAGGGCACCUACCGUGCGUGGGUUGCCCAUCACCCACUUGGUACCAACGACGUGGUCUGAGCCUGCUCCUGCUCCUCUCCCAUCUCCACACCCCAGCGGCCACUUUGAAAAUGGCCGUGUAUCUAGCCACUACAGGACACCACCUCCGCGUCACCAAUACCGGAGGAUGAGUGGAGGAGGGAUGCCACCAACACCCGAUGAGUCGCAGGAGGAGGGAGAGGAUGCGUCUCUCGACAGGAACAGGCGCCAUAGUGCCAAGUCGAUAGGAAAGCAGCGGAUGGUAUGCCAUGCUACCUCACAUCGGCCCUGCAUCUCGAGUUGCGACGACGACAACUCGCAGGACGACGCCAGACGUGUCGAUAAGAUCGGCACCCAGACACGGGACAGCAGCAGCUUCGCAACGACAACAACGCCCAGCACCCAUUCCCAGUGUUCGUCCGGCCCGCUUCGGGAGGCUGGUGAUGCAGCCUGGUGGCGCUUCGGCGGAGCCCUCCCUAUGUCGGGAGCGCCCAAUUCUGCUAAGCCUGUCGACCAUGGCAUCUAUUGUGACAACCCACUCAAUAGGUCAACGAGCACAGGCAAUGGGGAGGGCCCCAGUUCACUGCACCCAUCCAUGUCUUCGGAGUAG